AUGGUGAAAGAAAAGAAAAAAGCUGACAAAAAAGCAGAUAAGUCAGCUCGUUCUCCCUCUUCUCUCUCUGAAUAUCCAGAGCUUUCCAAGCAAGAUGGCAAUGCCGCUAAGCAAGAACUGCCUUCGGGCUGCGCCAUUCCGCCAUCAGAGACACCAGACAUGACAGUACCAGGGAGAGACUCCCAGCUGUCCCGUGAGAAUGAAGACAUCACUCAGUACGAAGAGCCCAUUCUGACCAAGCUCAUAGUAGAAAGCUACGAAGGGGAGAAAAUCCGAGGACUGUAUGAGGGAGAAGGCUUUGCGGUCUUUCAGGGAGGCAGCACCUACCGCGGAAUGUUUUCAGAAGGACUCAUGCAUGGACAGGGGACUUACGUUUGGGCCGAUGGCGUGAAAUACGAGGGGAGCUUCGUGAAGAACGUCCCCAUGAACCACGGUGUGUACACAUGGCUGGAUGGCAGCAUGUAUGAAGGAGAAGUAGUCAACGGCAUCAGGAAUGGAUUUGGUGUGUUCAAGUGCAUCUGGCCCCCUGUGUCCUACAUUGGCCAGUGGUGCCACGGCAAAAGACAUGGGAAGGGCACCAUUUACUACAACCAAGAGGGGACCUCUUGGUACGAGGGCGACUGGGUGCACAACAUCAAGAAAGGCUGGGGGAUCAGAUGUUACAAGUCUGGAAACAUAUACGAAGGCCAGUGGCGGGACAACAUGCGCCAUGGGGAAGGCAGAAUGAGAUGGCUGGCCACCCGCGAGGAAUACACUGGGAACUGGGAGAAGGGGGUCCAGAAUGGCUUUGGGACAUACACGUGGUUUGUGAAGAGAAUGCAAUCCCAGUACCCUAUGAGGAACGAGUACACUGGGGAGUUCUUAAACGGCUGCCGUCACGGGCGUGGCACAUUCUACUAUGCCAGUGGAGCCAUGUACGAGGGGGAGUGGGUGUCCAACAAAAAGCACGGCAUGGGCCGAUUCACUUUCAAGAAUGGGCGUGUGUAUGAAGGCCAGUUCUGCGAUGACCACAUCGCACCAUGUGCAGACGGAGCAGAACCUGCUCAGGCCCGGGGCCGGCCCUCGGAUGCUUUCCAGAGCAGCAGGCUGUGGGGAUCCUCUCUCGGGGCUGAGAUCAUGAGAAGGCUGGAUGGCAGCGGAAGCCACGCGGUGCUAGGGUCAAGCGUGGAACUGGACCUGACCUCCUUGCUGAACUUGUACCCAAAGGAGACCCAGGCCCAUGAAAAGCAGCAGGUGGAAUACGCCAUGUUGAGAAGCAUCACGGAGCUAAGAAGAAUCUAUUGCUUCUACAGCCGCCUGGGAUGUGACCACUCUCUGGAUAACACCUUCCUGAUGACGAAGCUUCACUUCUGGAGAUUUCUCAAAGACUGCAAGCUGCACCACCACAAAAUAAACCUUGCUGACAUGGACAGGGUGUUAAGUGCCCAUAAUGACAUACCAGCUGAGGAAAUCCAUUCUCCAUUUAGAACCAUACUUCUGAGGACCUUUUUGAACUAUCUCCUGCAGUUGGCUCACCACAUGCAUCACAAAGAAUUCCAAAAUAGAAGCCCGUCACUCUUUCUGUGUUUUACAAAACUGAUGGCUGAGAACAUUCAUCCCAAUGCCUGCCAGGUGAAAGGAAAUCUGUUCAGUGAGCAGCAGAGGACGCUGUACUCGAUGAAUUACAUUGACAAGAGCUGGGAGAUUUACCUCGCGUACUGCAGGCCGAGUGCCACGGUGCCACACGAGCCCACGAUGAAGAUGAGACACUUUCUCUGGAUGCUGAGUGACUUUAGAAUGAUAAGUAAAGGAUUAACUGCAACCAAAUUUAUGAUGGCCAUAGCAGAGGACAGCCCUGCCGUGCAUGACGGUGUCGACAGCAACUUCGAAUUUGAGUUGGUUUUCCUGGAAUUCUUUGAAGCUCUCUUAUCCUUUGCACUCUGCUGCGUUCCAGACCAAAUGACCAAGUCCACUCUAAACGUUACAUAUGAUGACUUGUCUGGAAACAAACAGGGAAGUAUUUAUACAACCAUAAGCCAGAUGGUUCAAAGGAGCCCGAGUGCAGUGACGAGCCAUGACUCUGACAUCAUUCACUUCAAUGCCAAGUCAUCGUCCAGCAAGUUGGGAGCCUUGCCUGACGGGAAAACCAGGAGACCCGAGAUCAAGAAGUCUCUCAGUGAGGACAAAGAUUCCAAAAUGAGUUUUAAGCCUUCAGGAAAAGGACCAUCUUUCCUGUCCCCAAACGGGAAGAAAAUUCAAAGAUCCAAGAAUGAGCGGAAGGAGAAGCUGGAUGCGUGGGCUGGCAAGCUGUAUGUGUUCUUCACCACCUGGCUCUUCCCCGCGUACAGACACGAGGAGCUGGUCAAGGAGAAGACCAAGGAGAACCGGCUGCGGGAGGCCAUGCUGGAGCAGCAGAAGAAGGCAGAGGAUGAGGAGUUGGAGGCCAGGCUGACUAGCUUGAGGCUGGAAGAGGCUCGGAGACUGGAGGACGAGGUGGACAUCACGGUACUGAAGGAGCCGACGGACGCCUCGUCCUCUACGCUCCCGGUCCCCAUGUCCAGCCCUCCCAAGGAGGGCACGUCCACGCCCCAGACCAGCAGGGCCAGCUCGAGCAAGAAGAGGAGGAAGUAA